GCACCCUCAUUGCCCAAGCUAGAACUUGAAAUGGCAUGUCGGAAUGAGAGGUGCAAUGGGUGUGGACCGCAAUUUAUUGUGCCAUCAGAAGCACAAAUCAUUCGUUGUGAUUCGUGUCAAGGCAUCACCCGCAUUAGUAGACCAUCCGUCAAUCCUCUGAUCCGAGCAGGCCAAGAUACAAUAAACCACGCUGUCAACCGUGUUCAAAGCCGAAUGACUAGAGUGAUGUCCAGGCCCUCCCCGAAUACUGCCCGCCCUGCUAAUCUUCAAUACUACCAGCAUCAGCUGUCCCAGCCAUUUGUACCAAAACCCUUGAUGCCUCCUUCGGCGUAUGGAAGAAAGCGUGCGGUGCUCUGUGGAUUGAGUUACAAUGGGAAAAGUUACAAGCUUAAAGGAACUGUGAACGAUGUUCACUGCAUGAAAUACUUUCUUGUUGACAGAUUGGGUUUUCCAAAUCAUUCCGUACUCAUGCUCACAGAACAUGAGAUGGACCCUUUUAGGAUCCCAACAAAACAAAACAUGCGAAUGGCGUUACAGUGGUUGGUGCAGGGCUGCCAAUCAGGAGACUCGUUGGUGUUCUACUUCUCCGGCCAUGGCUCAACCCAGCGUGACUAUUCGAUGGAUGAGAUUGACGGCAAUGAUGAAACGUUGUGCCCUGUUGAUUUUGAGACCGAGGGGAUGAUCAUUGAUGAUGAAAUUAACGCCACCAUUGUUAGGCCACUGCCCCAUGGUGCCAAACUUCAUGCCAUUGUUGACGCCUGCCAUAGUGGAACUGUUCUUGAUCUACGAUUUCUUUGCCGGAUCAACAGAGGAGGACACUAUGUGUGGGAAGAUCAUCAAUUCUCACCUACUUAUAAAGGCACAAGUGGUGGACUAGCUGUCUCCAUAAGCGCUUGUGACGAUCAUCAAAAGUCUGCAGACACUACGGCUUUAUCUGGAGGCACUUCGACUGGUGCCUUGACUUAUAGCUUUAUCCAAGCAGCGGAUAAUAAUCGCGGAUCGACAUAUGGCUCUCUGCUCAAUGCUAUGCGCCAUAAAAUUCAUGAAGCUAAAACUGGCGUUGAGAUGGAGCCCCAGUUGACAUCAUCUGAAACAUUUGACAUUUAUUCAACACCAAUGGUGUUGUAACUUGAACUUUAUAAGUGAUAAAAAUAAAUCGGUAAUGUCAUUCUUAUUUACUGUAACACAUUAAGUGAUUAAUAACACCUGCUCUAGUGGCAGUCUGUACUGCAAUGUGCGUUAAUCAUAUCUAUAAGUGUAAGUUUGUA